AUGACAUCUCUCUUGUCGUGGCCAGCUAUUCUGGUCCAAGCAGUCAUUAUACUUUUCAGCAUUGCCAUAUAUCGCCGAUACCUGUCGCCAUUGUCCGACAUCCCGGGUCCCUUUUGGGCCUCCAUUACGCGGCUUUGGCAGGUUGUGCACAUUUUCAAGGGUGACCAGAACCUCCAAUCCAUUGCACUGCACGACAAGUAUGGACACUUUGUUCGCAUCGCCCCCAACGAGGUCAGCGUGAGCCACCCGGACGGGCCCCGGUCACUGCUUCUGACACCCCAGAGAAAGGCCGACUGGUACCGCGUCUUUACAGUGCCCGACUACCGCUUCGAGACUCCUAUGAGUGCUCUCGACCCAAAGGAAAAGAUUGAAAGAUCAAAAUGGCUCGCCCCGGGAUUCUCCUUGUCCAACAUUCUCCGAUCAGAAGAGUACAUGAACAAGAAUAUCGGCCUCUUGUUGGACUGGAUGGACAAGUUUGCCGAGUCGGGCGACGCAAUGCACCUAGACAAGUACCUCACCUACGCCGCCUUUGACAAUGCCGGAGAGGUCAUUUUCAGCCAGUCCUUUGGCUACAUCAAGGAGGGCAAGGAUAUCCGUGGCUCCAUUGCCAACAACCUUGUGCUCAACCCCUUUGUCGCCGCGGCGGGUUUCUUCAUCUGGGCCUAUGUGCUGCUGGUUGCCAACCCCAUCAUCACCUGGACGGGUCUGCUACCCAUGGGUCACCUGUUUGAUACCGCCGAUGCGGCAAUGAAGAAGCGAAAAGAGAAUCCCGACGCCCGUUUCGAUAUCGCGGCUCACUGGUUCAAGGCGCAGCGAGAAAACCCGGAUCGGCUUAGUGACCGCGACAUUCAGGCGCAAGCCACCGUCGCUGUUGGUGCCGGUUCGGACACGGUAUCUUGUAAGAACCCCUCUUUCUAUGUCCUUGAAUCGUUUCAUAAGCUUAUUCAAGAAAAAGGCGGUAUUCAGACCUUCGUGUAUCACAUGUUGCGCAACCGGGACUCUUGGCUCCGAGCACGACAAGAAAUUGUCGCGGCUCAGGCUGAAGGUCGGUGUCGCGAUCGAGUCGUCUCAUUUGACGAUGCGCAAAAGUUACCAUUUCUACAAGCCUGUAUCAAAGAGGCACUGCGCAUGUUUGGACCCACGCCGAUGGGCUUGCCCAGGGUGGCGCCAAAGGGUGGCAUUACCAUUGGUGGUCGGCAUUUCGCUGAAGGCACUACGUUGUCUAUACAUCUCCAGUGA